CAUUCACAUUGAUAUAGUCAUGAUCGUACCUGAACUAAGUACGGGAUACCACGUACAAGUUUAACGGAUAAGAGUUACAAAUAACAAUGAUGUCAUGUCAAAUAAACAUGAUGCAUGAAUUAGACUGCGCAGGGACCCCCUGCCCUUCGGUGAUCAUCCCCACGCGGUAGAUGAGCCGAGGAACGCCUUAGUCACCCCAAUGGAGACUAGAAUGUGGGUGAUAGCUAAGCCUAGCUACCAUGUACGUACACAAGCCCUCGUGAUGAAAACCCGUUGGAUCCCGCAGGUUCCUGGACGGGCCCACGGAAGAGGCGCACUGGGCCUGACCCCUUUCCGUGGCAAGAGAACCAUGGAGCCUGACCCGGAUGACUGGGUGAUAGGAGCUGCGGAUGAACGACAGAAAUCUCCUUCCAGAAAGGAGAUGAGUCAAGCUCCCGAGCAUGGACAACUUGGUCCUCAGGGAGAACAGGAGCACGUGAGUGUGCAUACCGAGGCGUCUAGCUUUACACCGCAGCACGAAGUUCCGGAGCCGCUAGUUCCGCAACUGAAUGCCGUACCUGAGGGUGUUACACCUCCUAUGGUCGUGGUCACGAUUGAGAAGCUGAAGAAGAACGGAGCCGAGGAGUUUUGUGGCGACCAGAUCGCGGAACCCAUGGUCGCGAAGCGCUGGCUCGAGCGUGUGAGUCGAGUACUCAGGACCUUACGAGUUCCAGCAGAGCAGAGAGGCAACCUAGCUAUCGCCUUACUUCAGGAUGCCGCCUACGACUGGUGGAAACGCGCAGGAGCGAACAUCCCGGAGCCGGUGCCGUGGGCGACCUUCGACGAGCUCUUCCGUGAGGAGUAUGUGCCCGAGCACUUCAUGGAGGAGAAGCGUGACGAGUUCAUGAAGUUCAUGCAGGGUGAACUUACGCUGCCAGAGUAUCGCCAGAAGUUCGAUGAGCUGGCCGAGUUUGGUCGGGACUUGGUGCCGACAAUGGAGAAGAGGAAUGACAUCAAUGACUUGCACAAGCAGGCGUUGGAGUUACAAACGGCCUUACUCAAGAAGGCUGAGUAUGAGCAGUCCCAAACGAUGCAUCCUCGACCGUCACCGCCAUCCAGAUCCGGCUCGAGUAGCAAGAGGCCUCCUCACAUACCGAGCAGCUCGCACUCGAGCAAGAAGGUUAGGUCCGCACCAGCCACGUCGUCAGCACCCACUCAGAAGAGCAGAUAUCGGAACUCGAUCUGCAACCUCUGCGGCCGAAGGCACUCCGGCGAGUGCUGGUUCACUCAGGGCCUAUGCCUUGGGUGUGGACAGGCCGGGCAUUACCGCAGGAACUGCCCGACGAACCCUGGUGAGGCGUUCCCGACAGCGCCCGCAGCCGUAGCCUCAGCUCUAGCAGCCCAGCCUGCACCGAGUCAGAAGCCGGUAGCGGCGUCCAGUCAACCGAAAAGGCCGGCACAGGGCACUCAGUCCGGGAAGGCUCCAGCUCGUACUUAUGUAAUGCAUGGACACACUGAGCAGCCCGCUCAUGAUGUGAUUAUGGGUAUGUUCACCUUAUUCGAUACAUCCAAAUCUGCUUUGAUUGACCCAGGUUCCACAUUGUCAUAUCUGUGUACAUCUGUGCCUGAAUCAUUUAAUAUUCCGAGAGAGAACCUGGAGAAUCCGGUGAUUGUGUCCAAUCCGUUGGGACACAGUCUAUGUCUCAAAUAUAUCUAUUCUGAUUGUCCGCUAGUUGUGCAAGGGAAGAGCUUCCCUGCAAAUCUGAUAAAGCUCCCACAUCGAGAAUUCGAUGUUAUCCUGGGCAUGGAUUGGGUUACAGCCAAUCAAGCCGUUGUUGAUUGUGGCGCACAUACAGUACGGCUGAAAGCCAAAGAUGGUAAUGACGUUCUGAUCCGUGGCGAGCUUUUCCCGAAGGCUCCCGAAUUUAUCUCAUAUAUGCAAGCUCGUCGCCUCAUAUGCAAGAAAUGCGAGGCCUUUCUAUGCACUGUCCGCGACACGCAGCGAGAGGCACCCGGACGGGAGGAAAUCCCCACUGUGUGCGAGUUCCCAGACGUAUUUCCAGACGAGCUGCCAGGACUACCACCUCCGAGGGAGAGCAGCGACGGUUUCUGCAGGCAGACCUAUUGGCUCGCCUCUCGGGGCGAGAAACCUGACUUCUCUGUCCGUGAGGAUGGUGUCUUGUUGUAUCGGGCACGUGUGGUAGUGCCAGUGGGGGAGUGGGAGAUGCUACUACAGUUUCCACCACGGCCCAAAGCUCUUUCGACCGGAGAAAGUUCUCCAUCAACAUGCUCCAAGAUCGUAUUGACCAUCAAAGCGGGGAAUACAGGGUUGAACAAAGGCCUUGGAUUCCAUGGAUCAAUUGAUAUUGCUGCUGCAAUGAUUUUACAGUAGCUCUGCUACCAAAUGUCAGCUAUAGAUUCUUUGAGGAAUAAUAACAAACAGCCAUUAAAUAGGCACUAACACAACUGACUCCUACAAACUAGGCACUAAGAGAAGUAGAAAUUAAUCCCAAAAGACUAGGACAACUACUCUAACAAAGCAAAUGACUUAUU